UGACGUAAUUAAUCUGCGCAGCGCUGAGGUGGCAGUAGAAAGGAGGUCGGUCAGAAAACUCCCGACAGGAACUUCAUCAUGACUAAACUGAUGCAGUGGCUGUUUGCUGUGUGUGUGCUGGGUGUGGCCUGGGCGGUGGUGUGUUUUGACCUGCUGGAGCUGGGUUUCCCCCGGCCCUACAGGGAGCUGGCCGGGCCGAUGCCCCUCUACCUGCUGGUGUCGUUCGGCUGCUUCUCCCUGGCCACGGUCGGGUACCGGGUGGCCACCUUUAACGACUGCGACGAGGCGGCCAGAGAGCUGCAGGAGCAGAUCAAGGAGGCUAAAGAGGACCUGAAGAAGAAAGGCCUGAAGAUGUAGGACUUUUGAGGAGAAAUGUAGAAACUUUUAGGACUGAGAAGAAAGCAGAGAAGAAACCCUGUAACACACAAACACACAGCUCUACAUUACCUGGUUUUACUCACAUUCUGUUACUUUUGGAUGAAGUUGAACAUGAAUUGACAGUUUACUUUAUUGUUUUGAGCAGAUGUGGCCUGGACAUAAAUCACAGAGUUAAUUCACAUCCCUGUUAUGGAAUUUCAUUUAAUUGGGAUGAAACUAUUUCAGAAAAUUACAACUGAAUGGCUAAAUGAGUUGGGUUUUUUUGUGGGUUUCUGAUUGAUACCCAACAACCAUGUCAUGUUUCUUUUGAUAAAUUAACCAAACUACAGGACUGUUUCAGAAAAUUAGAAUAUUGUGAUAAAGUCCUUUUAUUUUCUGUAAUGCAAAAAUGUCAUACAUUCUGGAUUCAUUACAAAUCAACUGAAAUAUUGCAAGCCUUUUAUUAUUUUAAUAUUGCUGAUCAUGGCUUACAUGAAAACUCAAAUAUUAUAAUUUAGAAUAUUCUGGGAAUCUUAAUCUUAAACUGUAAACCAUAAUCAUCAAUAUUAAAAUAAUAAAAGGCUUGCAAUAUUUCAGUUGAUUUGUAAUGAAUCCAGAAUGUAUGACAUUUUUUAUUUUUUUUCUGCAUUACAGAAAAAAAAAGAACUUUAUCACAAUAUUCAAAUUUUCUGAGACAGUCCUGUAUACCCAUGACUCCUUGCAACUUGUGAAGUUAUGUUUUUUUAAUGAAUAGUGCAUAUUAAAGCAGAUAAAUCUAAACCGUGAACAUCCAAAGUGGUGUCUUGUUGAAGAUGUUGUCAUGUUCACAUUACUCUGAUAUCAGUUCAUCAUCUGGAACCAGUCCCUGUUUGCUGAAAUGCCAACAGAUGUAAUUCAAAAGGUCAGGCUGCGUCGUUCGUGUAGUUUCCCCUGGGAACUCUCGUAUGCCGUACGUCUGCCUCGGCUCCAAAACUGUGCUGCACCAACUGGACCUUGUUUGCAUGAAUGUAUGUGUGUUUGUGUGGGUGUUGAGAUUACAGCCUGUUAUUGCAAAUGGGCUUUUUGGAGAUACAUUUUAUAUGUUAAGAAAUCAAAUGUACAUUCCAUUGUUCAGUUUCCCACUUGUAGUUGUGAAAUAUUACUGAAAAUUAAUUAAAUGAGAAUUUAUUUUCUAA